GCUGCCGGCCGCCGGCAGUCCUCGGUCGGGGAGCUUUCACGAUGGCUCUUCGCUGCUCAGCUCCGCAGCCUCUUGGGCCAUCUGGAGCCUCGGAACCUCUUUAGUGCCGGAGUUCGGGCCGCAGGCGGCGGGCGAGCAGCCCAUUUCUGUCUAGCGGAAAUGCUAACAUAGCUUGUGAGGCCGAUAGUUGGGCAUGUACAGGGCAUCAUUUGGUGGACCUGGGAGCGCUGUACCAACCCCGGUUGUUUAUUGUUAUUAGAACCUCUGGAUGGACUCUUCCUCGGAAGCUUUGCUAAUUUGCAGCAGCUGGGCAAUGCUCCUCAUUACCAUCUGUCUGUCAGUAUAGUCCCGCGUCAUUUCACUGUGGUGGCAGGGACUCAGCUCCGAAUUCUGUAUAGAGAAAGCGCCUGGAUCCUAGUCUUUCAAUGGCUUCAAGACAACCAGAAGUGCCUGCUCUUGCGCCCAGUGGGCCUCUAGGCAAGAUGUCCCUGCCCAUCGGGAUGUGCCGCCGGGCAUUCAGCUAUGAUGAUGCCCUAGAGGACCCUGCGCCCAUGACUCCUCCUCCAUCGGACAUGGGCAGCAUCCCCUGGAAGCCAGUGAUUCCAGAGCGCAAGUAUCAGCAUCUUGACAAGACAGAGGAAGGAGUGGCCAGUGUCUCUUCCCUUGCUGUGAUUCCAUCAACAGCCACUGACAAUUCAGAGAAGGCUCCUGUGGUGAAGGCUAAAGCUACCCAUGUCAUCAUGAAUUCCCUGAUCACAAAACAGACUCAGGAGAGCAUCCAGCGUUUUGAGCAACAAGCAGGACUGAGAGAUGCUGGCUACACACCUCAUAAGGGCCUCACCACUGAGGAGACCAAGUACCUCCGAGUGGCAGAAGCACUCCAUAAACUAAAGCUGCAGAGUGGCGAGACAACAAAAGAAGAGAAGCAUCCUGCAUCAGCCCAGUCCACUCCAGGCAGCACCCCCCACUCCUCCCCCAAGCAGAAGUCCAGAGGCUGGUUCCCCUCUGGUUCCUCCACAGCCUUACCUGGCCCAAAUUCUCACACCAUGGAUCCUGGGAGUGGGAAUGACAAGAACUCAGCAGAAAAGUGGAGCCUCUUUGGAUCCAGGCCCCUGCAGAGGUCUGACUCUGGUUUUGCCAUCCAGGCUUACAAAGGUGCCCCGAAACCCUCUCCUAUGGAGCUAAUGCGUGCUCAAGCCACACGAGUAGGUGACGAUCCAGCAACCUUCAAGCCGCCUAAGAUGGAUAUCCCAGUGGUAGAAGUGAAGAAACCACCACCUCGAACCCAUAAUCUCAAACCCCGUGACCUGAAUGUGCUCACACCCACUGGCUUCUAGAAUGCUUUCUGUCCAGGGUCUGCAACUUUCCCUGGGCUCUGACAUAGUGAUGUAGUUAACUGGAGGCUGGAGUGACAUUGUUCAGAUUGUCCUUGUGUGAGAGAAACCAUUUUGCACUGCUUUCAGGUUGGUGGAAAAUGUCAGUGGUGCUGAGUGGGGACCUCAACUUUUUUUUUUAAAAUCAUUUAUCCCAGAGGAGGAUUUGACCUUUGCUUUCUUAGGUAAAUAGUGCUGUUGUGCUUCCAAAACUAUCAACAUGAGCAGUUACAAAUCAUGAUAGAGGUGCCCACCAACUCAUUUGGACAGCCAUGGCUUCUUGACAUGCCUUGUGAAUGGGCCUGGACUUGUCUGAGAGCUGGGUACAGCUCAUGACCACACUUGGCAGGAACCUGGCUCUCUUAAGUUGAAUCACGGGUUCUUUUUCCUGAUUAGUCCAGUGUACACUUUGUCCUGACCCUGCAGUUGGAGGGCUGUCUAUCUGCUGUGUCACAGAACAAACACUAGUCUCGCAUGGCCUCUUUUGCACUUUAACAUGAAAUUAAUUGAGCUCCUAAUUGAGUCUACUGGUUUCAUGAUGAUAAAUAACUCCUUUUCCCCCUUCCCUUACUGGGUCUUGCUCAUGCUAGGCAAGUGCUCUACCACUGAUUUUCACCCCUAGUUCCUAAAUCCUAAGUUUUUUUUUAGUUGUGUGUGUUUUGUAAGUGCUCUACCACUGAUUUUCACCCCUAGUUCCUAAAUCCUAAGUUUUUUUUAGUUGUGUGUGUUUUGUUUUUUGAGAUAGGGUCUUACUAUGCAGCCUUGGCUAGGCUGGAAUUCACUCAGUAGACUCAAAGAGAAGAUCUACCUGCCCCUGCCUUCCAGUGCUGAGAUUAAAGGCCUAUACCACCACUCCCAGCUCAAGCUUUUGUUAAAGAUAGGUACAAUUGGAUUAUAGUCUUCAGGUUCAUCUGAACUUGGUUUCACCUUAUUGUGAUAACCUUGACAGCAUUUUCCACCAAGUUAGCCUCAUAUGUUCAGUAACACAUCUUACUGAGGAAAGGAUUCUCAUUGUUCACAGGUCUGUUGGUCUUGCACACUGUCACAUUCGCUUGCUAGAUCAUUUUAGAAAUUAGUCUGUUUACAUAAUGAGCUAACCUCACAGAGAAGCUCUGGAGUCUAAGAUUGUUGUAAAAAUUAAUUUAUUUGUGUUAUCUUGUAUUGACAAUAAAAAUCUUUACUACUUUCUCAAA